AUGGGACAUGCUCAGAGGAUAAUCCCUGCACUGAGGGCUGCUGCUCAAGUGUCUCCCUGGUUUGCGGAUAUGGCCCCGACUACUGUGGCAGUACUUGUAUUGCAGGAGCCAGCACCAAUGGCACAUGUGCACAGUUGGCUGAAUGUAAUCCUGGUGUAUAUCCAGGCUGGGGUGGCACGUCGUCUGAUUUCUGCGGAAGUACGACAUGGCCCUCUCCUUCUUGCUCUGGUAAUUCGUCUGUCACGCGGCGAAUCGGCUACUACGAAGCCUUUAAUCUGGAUAAUCCUUGUAAUAAUCCCUGUUGGAGCUUACACACACUUGAUCUUCUCCUUCCUAUACAUUGAUCCAGAUACUUAUGAGAUCACGCCAAUGGAAUCUAACCAAACUGAUCUCUACGCUCGCUUCACUACUCUCAAGCAGUAUGGUGUAGAAACGUGGAUCACUAUUGGUGGAUGGGCAAUGAACGACCCAGGGGAAUAUUCCAAUGUCUUUUCUGAUCUUGCCGCAUCCUCUACGGCACAGAAAGCUUUUCUUGACUCUCUCGUUUCGUUUUUGGGAACAUAUGGGUUUGACGGCGUCGACUUUGAUUGGGAAUAUCCCGGUGCACCGGAGCGAUUCGGAAAUGAUGCUGACUACGCCAAUUUUGUUUCGUUUCUACAGAAUGUGCGGUCCACUCUUGGGGACUACUAUGGGUUGUCUAUCACCCUACCAAGUUCGUACUGGUAUCUUCAGUACUUUGAUAUUGUCAAUAUUGCGAAAACGAUUGAUUGGUUCAAUUUUAUGUCCUAUGAUAUCUAUGGUACUUGGGAUGCUACAAUUUCCUCGAUCGGGAACUAUGUCUAUGCCAGUACCAAUCUUACCAUGAUUGAAUCAGGGUUGCAGUUGUUGUGGCAUAAUAACAUCACGGCUAGCCAAGUGAACCUUGGUCUUGGCUAUUAUGGCCGUAGUUACACACUGAAAGAUUCUUCAUGCACUGCGCCUGGAUGCCCAUUCACAUCCGGAGCUAAGGCAGGUCCAUGCUCUCGCACAGAGGGCAUGCUUUCUUAUGAUGAAAUCAUGGAUAUUAUCGAUGAUCCGUCAAGAAACCCAACGGUGUGGCUUGAUUCUGCUGCAGCUGUUAAGAUCGCUGUCUAUGAUGAUGAUCAAUGGGUUGCUUAUGAUGAUGCUGAAACUCUUCAAAUGAAGCUGGAUUUUGCAAAUUCAGUGUGCAUGGGAGGAGUAUUUGCAUGGGCUGUUGACGAGGAUCACACUGGGGGCCUUUCUGAUUCUGUUUCUAAUUCUACUAAUCUCUUCCCGGCUGGAGGAAGUGGAAAGGUAUAUGUGCUACCUGAAAUUUGGGACAGUGAUUCGCCCGAAAUUUCCUGCCAGCCACCGUGUACAUUUAUCUUACCACCCUUCCCAUUACCAACUACAACGACAGUCAGUUGGCCAGCAAUCACCACUACGUUGCUCGUCAGUUCCAAUGGAGGCGUCACCACAACGACCACCACGAUCCCGGUUCCUGAAUUUCCGCUAUCUGUCGUUCCUUUCUGGCCCGUGACCAUUGCCAACAAUCAAACAUUCGGUGCCUUGAACCCGGUACCAAGCGUUACACCGCCGUCUCUUGUGUUGAACUUGCCCGGAUCGGUCACUCCAUUUCCCCAAGUUACAGUCAAUUAUACUGUAGUUGCAGAGAAUCAGGUGACAGGGACAUCCUCAUCCACAGGUACUAUUACCUCUCCUCCCUCCACAACCAUCACAGCGUCCGCCGUCGUGACGCCGUCGCCGAUUGCGGCAGACAUGACUGAAGGCUGCACUCAAUUUUACCAGGUUCAGAGCGGCGACUCUUGCUGGAGUAUUGAAACAACAUACGAUAUUGCUGCUUCGGACUUUGAAGCUUGGAAUCCUGACGUCGGCACCGGUUGUUCCAGCGGCGUCUGGCUUAAUUAUUACUAUUGUAUCGGCCACGGAAGCCUUACGUCGACUUCGUCAGGGUCCGGGGGCCAGCAGUCCUCAACAGGAACCACUAUUGUUCCCAUAUUUCCUAGCACAUCGCACCCUAUCACCAUCCAGCCGCAGCCUACUGUUGCGGAUGCGGAACCCUCGAUUACCAUUCCUCCAAUCAAUGUUGUCAUCGCACCGCCGACGGACUCUUCCUCAAGUGACGGUGACUGUCAAGGUUGCGGCAAUCUGAAUUGCGAGCUGUUCGGUUGUGAUGGGAAGUGUGGGUUUUUCGGUUGUGAUGGGGGCUGCGGUCUUUGGUGGUGCGGCGGAGGUUGUGGUUUGGAAUAUUGCGGUCCCGGUUGUAGUGAUGGUCCCUGCAUCGUUGAGGGUGGCGGUGGCGGUGGUGGAAGUACUGGCACCAUUGGCACUGAUAAUACGAAUGAUGAUUGCAGCUCGAUGGAGACGGCCGAUAUCUGCACUGUGUUUAUAAAAAGCUUUUCAACAUCCGGAAUGACAUCAACGUCUACCACUACUACGACGGAAUGCUACACCACUGAAGGAUGCUCAGUGGCUCCGUCCACGACGACAACGACCAUCAGUACAACUGGAACGUAUUCCACUAUCACUAAUAGCUUCAUGUUUGUGUCGCAGCCAACAGAGGCAGCAUCUGUCAUGGAUUCUAUUUCUGCUAGCAUUGUUAGCCAGCGAAGUGUCUGGGACGCCACACGCUGGGCUGGUUAUACGAUUACAGUCACCCCUACAUCCACAACAACUAGCUCUCAAGCCGCCAAGACUGGAUUUGAAAUCAUACAACUCGCUAUUGACUACAGCGAUUCUGACUACUCAUUUCUGGCUAUCAAUUACGAUGGACUGUCUAAUCCUAUCGUAAUCAAUGAUACACAUCCAUUUGGUGAGGAUCUAAAGAGUACGAACAGCCAGACUACCUUCUGUGAUCAGACCUCCACGUUCGUUCAGGAGGACUCGGGCGAUGUCCUGGGUAGCAGCAACAACGGCAAUGAGUAUGACUGCACAACUGUUGUGAGACCAGUCACAACCACCACCUCUGUCACCAUCUCCCCAACCAGCACAAACAGAGCCUACUUUAUCCCCAUGUGGCAAUGCUUAACCAAUAUUUGUGAUUGA